AAAAAGAUCAAAGAAUCUCUGUUCUUUUUUCUUUUCUUUUUUGAAACAAUGCGUUUGAGAUUUUCGUCAAUUUUAUGGUGUUAUUUUUUAUGUCAAACACUGCACAUCUCUAAUGGUCGCAUUUUGAAAUGCUGCGAAUUGGCUCGUGAAAUGCUGCGUUUGGGAACUUCAAAAUCAGAACUAGCCACCUGGUGUUGCAUAGCACAAUUUGAAAGUAAAUUUAAUACUUCGGCCAUUGGACGUUUGAACGGCAAUUGGUCCAAUGAUUUUGGUCUAUUUCAAGUGAGUGACCGCUAUUGGUGUCAAUCGAAAGCUUCAAGAAGUUCAGCAAAUCUUUGUCAAAUCAAUUGCCAGCAAUUGCUAACAGAUGAUAUCAAAGAAUCGGUUAAGUGUGCCCAUCAUGUUAAGAAACUUCAGGGCUGGAAAGCUUGGGCGGUCUACAAUGGACGAUGUAAAAAUUCCAAGUUGUUACCCUCCAUAGAAGAAUGUCUUUAAUCUCUUAAUAAAAAAAUAAAAAAUGAGAAGCUAUUUCAUUUGCAUA